UCGCACAUCGUCCUAUGAGUCAAGAGCUGCAUUACGGGAUCGACAGCAAUGAGCCGGACGAAAGUGAAGACUCCCGAGCCGACACCUGUGAAAGUGAAGCUGAUGACGACGCCGAAACGCUCCGAAGUACACAGUCCUCCCCAGAAGCCAGCUGUUCACAGCCACCAAGGAAGCGCACCAGACACCGCAAGCACUCGGAGCUGCGUGAACUGUUCGCCGAUCACCAAAGCAGAACUGCCGAACUCUUAAGACAGCACACAGACAUGAUAUUUCAACAGCAGCGGCAGCUUUUACAGGAGGAACGGAAUAGCAUGAAUCAGCUCAUGGCAAACAUUACAACCUCCUUGCUUCAAGGCACUCAAGCCCUUUUGUAACAAGUGUUCAGCCAACAGAUGCAAAUGACAGGCCACCAGCCAGCAGUGUUCAGCUUUCCUGCACAAGAACCUUUCGUCACAACAGAGGUGGUCUCCAAUAUCGCAAGCUUCCAACCAUGUCAACCAUCAAACUCGACGCAAGAUAUACCAGCGCAACCAAACUUUCCUGGCUCAACCACAUCAAGGUCGCCUCGCUCAUAGCUGACUCAUAUGAAGUGUGUUUCAUUGAGUGCUAGAAACAGCUGGUGCUCUCUGAUGUUUGUUAAAAAAUUGCUCACAGGUACUGUAGUACACUUUCGUUGUUUUUUCUGUGGGUCGCACUUAAUACAGUGUCAUUAUUUUUUGCGUGUGUGUGUUAAGGCAAUCUGUGGUGCCGUCUCACUCACGUUUUGUUUUGCUGGACCCAUAUUAAUUUUUUGCGCGUUUUAUCUCAAGUAAGGAAGCUGUGGUGUCUAGCCAUUGGUUAUUUUUUUCCUCUGGGUCGACUCAUUUGUUGGUGGCUCAUAAUGAGUGCGCUUUGCUAAGUGCUGAAAACAGCUGG